AUGCCUGUGCCAGUUGGAUCCAUGCCGCACGGGGGCCACGGCCCCUCCACGCUCGACAAGCUCAAGAUGGGUGGCAUGAUGGGUGGAUCUGUUGGCCUGAUCAUUGGCUUCAUUUUCGGCUUCACCAACAUUGUCCGCUUCGGCCCAGGCCCCAACGGCAUGCUGCGGACGCUGGGCCAGUACAUGAUGGGCUCAGCAGCCACCUUUGGCUUCUUCAUGGCCAUCGGUACGACCAUUCGAACAGAGAGUUCGCCAAUCGCCGCCCACGCCUUCAGCAGCGCCACCCGCCGGCCCAUGAUUCUUCCCAGGAACUUCCAGUACCCGCGCGCCGCUCGCAACGAGUAG